ACAGUGGGAGUGGUAUAGCGGGUAUUACUGGGACCACAAAGUGUUCGGUCCUGGCACGCUGCUCAGGGUCACAGAUAAAAGACCUGAUGAAGACACUUCCCCGAAGCCCACGAUUUUUCUUCCUUCAGAUAAUGAAGUACAACUCCAUAAGGCCAGAACAUAUCUUUGCCUUCUUGAGGAUUUUUUCCCUGAUGUUAUCAAAAUAGAUUGGAAAGAAAAGAAUGGCAAAACAAUUCUGAAAUCUCAGCAGGGAAACACCAUGAGGAUGAAGGACACAUACAUGAAAUACACUUGGCUGACCGUGACGGAAAAGUCAAUGGAUAAAGAACACAAAUGUAUCGUCACACAUGAGACAAAUAAAGGAAAAGUUGAUCAAGAGAUUCUUUUUCCUUCAAGAAGCAAAGCAGAUUUGGUGACAGGAGCCAAAGCAGGUUUCCAGACGGAAUCAGAGAGACGUACAAACACAAGGGCGGUAACCCCGAGCCUUUUGAGUACGCGGUCUUCCUCACCUCUUUCAAGUGCUGCGAAUCCUACCAGAAGGAAGACAACUGAAAACAGCUAUUCCACUGGGACCCAGGAUACCACCUCUCCAGUGACAGCCACCACUCCCCCUACAGAUUUGGUGACAGCAACGGGAUCUGAAGUGGACUUCCAGAGGCAUACAGACACUUGGCGAAACACAGGAGAGGUAACUGUGAGCCCUUUGAGCUCACUGUCUUCCUCACCAGUUUCAAGGGCUAUAGAUCCUACCAGAAGGAAGACAACUGAAAACAGCUAUUCCACUGGGACCCAGGAUACCACCUCUCCAGUGACAGCCACCACUCCCCCUACAGACCCCCUGCAGCUGCAGCGCAUGAGCACCUCUGCCUACUACACCUACGUCCUCCUCCUGGCCAAGAGCGUGGUCUACUCCAUCCUCAUCGCCUACUGUCUGCAUGGGAAACCAGCACUCUGUGACAACGGGAAGAGUUCCCAGUAGAUGGUGGCACAACUGUCCGCUUUUCUCCAUUGGUUAUUGUUGCUUAACGUGUUAAAUGAGGGUCUAGCAGGACUUUCUAGAAUUGGGAUGACUCUGUUCACAUGUAUCUUUUCGUAUUGUGUCACUAUUGCCGAGCGGGUUCACAAACCCCUGGGCAAACGGGAGAGGUCACUCUGCACCAAGAACAGAGUCUGCCGUGACUCACGGCGGGGGUGCCGGGGGGCAGCCACGGGAGCUUCGGCGCCGCUGUCUCCUCACUGUCCACUGGCUCCUCAGCCACCCGGCACCCUGGCCUCUGAGCACAGCCAGUGGGCAGCUUCCCUAGUGUCCCUGGGGCCCUUUAUCCAAACAGCUGCCUGAGGGCCUUUUGUUUUACACACCUGUAAGCCACCAACUUGCUAC